AUUAAACGCGUACUUGUCUUACAGCGCCACCAUGCUGAACAUUGUAGCAAUCUACGGGAUCAAAAAGACUUCCUCCUUGUCCAAAAAUUUAAAAACAUUGCUACUGAGCUUAGCUGUUUCUGAUCUUGGCGUUGGUUUACUAGCUCAGCCAAUGCUUGUUGCAGAAAUCAUAGACUCUAAACAAAAAAAUGAGACCAAUGAAUCUUUUAGUGCCAUACAUAUCGUUUUUCUUAUCGCGAUAAAUUUCUUCUUCUCUGCGUCAUUGCUUAGUGUCAUGGCUCUCUGUGCAGAAAGAUUUUUGGCAAUCCACCUUCACCUCAGAUACCAGGAGCUUGUGACAUGCAAGCGCGUUGCUGCUGUAGUGGUCUCAAUUUGGGUGAUA